AGUUACCUCAGUUGUGUUUCACCAUUCGGAAAGGAGGUUAUUGUUGCAAUGAGACGGGCACUGCACUGUCGAUAAAGUGUGUUUGUAUGUCGUUUUCGUCGAUAAUAAGUGUUGUGUUUACUUUCACCCGUGCGAAUGUCUCAAUCCUUACUUUUUUUGUUUGUUUUUAAUUUUAUAACUGCCACAUGGGUUGGCGUUUUAGUUAACCCUUUAUUUUGAAACGAUGGAACGUUGUUCUUACGGUUUUUACACCAAAAGAUCUGAAAUUUUGGACAACAUUCAAAAGAAGAAAGAACAAGAAAAGGAGCAGCCAAGUAGUCCUAAUUUCCAACAACAACAGUUAUCUAAGCCACCUGAAAAACAAAUUCACACCCCUGAAGCGCCAAGUGCAAGUUUAGUGUCACAACAUGCCCCCACACAACUCCUUUCUCCAACACAAGGUGCUGGCCCAACAGUUCAGCCAAAGGAGGACUCUAAAGAUAAAACAUUAAAAGUCACAAACUCUACAACUAUAACAUUAAUAGAGAAUAACAGUAUAAAUGGUGAAAAGGAUAAGGAUUUCCCAAAAAAUUAUUUUACAUUAGAGCCUAAGAAUGACAAGAAAGACGAUCUAAAUAAAAAUAGUAUAACAAUAACAAGAACAGUCCCAAAGCAAUCUCCGGGAUCGGGGCAGCCUGACAAGGCCAAAGCUGGGACAAAACCAGCCAAAAGACCUUUGCAGUACUUGGAGACAUUGGCACAAAAGGCAGGUAUUACUACUGAAGAUAAAUAUGAAGCGGCCAACACUUUACUGGCUUUAGAUAAACAGAAUAACACAUUCCGAAGGCCGGAGCUAAAACAACCAAAGGCUGAACCAGAAACUCAUUCUCAGGCUGAAGAUUUUAGGUACAGAAAUCAAAAAGAAGAUGAUGACAAGUUACAGAUACAACAGCAAAUAAUUCAGCAACAGCAACAACAGCAGCUGCAGCAACUGCAGCAGCAGCAGUUGCAGCUGCAGCAGCAGCAAAUCCAGCAAUUUCAGCAACAAGCAUUACAAAGGCAACAUCAAGCCAUUCAGCAACAUCUGAAGAAUCAGCAGGACCAACAAGAGUUGUUACAAAAACAAUAUCAGCAACAGCAACAACAACAGCAGCAGCAGCAACAACAGCAGCAACAACAGCAGCAGCAGCUGCAGCAGCAGCCUCAACAAACGAAGCCUGAAAUUCAGCAAUUACCUCAGUCUCAACAAGAUUUGCAACAACAAAAAUUUGUUCAGGUGGUCAAUAAUCAGUCUCUUCACACGCAGCAGUUCAAUGUGCCCGGUAUAGGUGAAAUAAAUCUCAGUUUUCUCGCAUCACCGCAAAACAACGUGAACCUUCUGUUCGACAAGAAUCACAAGCCCGGCAUGAGCGGAGAGAUCAAACAGUCGAUAACAGAAGGACAAAAUCAGCAACAAAUGAGUAUGUCACAACACGAUUCGAACCAGCAACACCACCAGACAGUAACUGUGGUGUCUUCUAUGCCUAGCAGUAUGGCAACACAUCAGCAGCAAGCUGGUACAAUACAGCAGCAGGCUGGGGCUAGUAUAUCCACUAUGGGACCGAUACAGAGCUUACCACCCAACACUCCACAUCCUCAGCAAUUAAGUGCCGAUUGGGGACAUGGACGUGUACAAGUUAUUCAACAGCCACUUCAAAAUAGCACUUACCUGCAGCAACUGUACAAUGCACAGGGGCCGCUUCUUAUGCCAGGAAAUAUUGCGUUACAUCCACAGAUUAACUCGCAACAGAUACAGGUAAUCGCCGCUGGCAAACCAUUCCAAGGCAACCAGCUCGCCCCACAUAUGCUGACUACGCAGGGAAAGCAAGUACUACAGGGACAGACCGCAUCGUUCCCUGGGUACACCACUAUACCGACGAUACCUACUACGCAGAACCAAACAUUCGUGUUUAGCCCUUUGGGGGUGCUGAAUUCCCAGCCGAGCAUUCUUCCCGCCCAUUCUCAGGCAUCUGGCAUGAAUCAACAACAAAAACCCGGAGAUAUGCAUAAGGGGAUGAGUGGAGGGAAAGUAACAACAGGCAAAGUGAAUAAUGGAAACGGUCAGACUGUACCCCUUCAAACUCAAUGUGUGCAGGUCUCUCAGCCAGUUCUUGGACAACAGCCACAAGCCCAAAUCAUCAGCCCUCUACAGGCUGGUGGACAGAUGCAGUUUGCCCCUUGGCAGAUAUCAGGGGCCAUACCCCAAGUUUGGGCCGGAGGAUUGCAAGCUGGGACGAUACCGGCUGGGGGGUUGUUAGCCCCGAACCCCAUCUUCAUACGAGGCUCGCAGCAGGAUCCACCACCUUCUAUGUUCAUACAACAUUCACCCCAAAAUAAUGUUCAGCAUACGAGUGAAAGUGUCGCGUCGUCAACCGUCAGUACCACUAAGCCAAGAGUCUCCACCGAUGGAAUGUCAAAAGGACCCCGGCCGCUGUCAAACAUAUUGCCCUCGAGUGGCAUACGACCAGCUUCUAGUGUUUCUACGCAGACUAGCGCGAAUCAGGCACAAAACGCUGCAAAGCAACGGAUGAGGGUGGGUGUACGUGCAUCUACGCCGAAGCAAGAUGCAGCGAAUCAAACAAAUAAAACUCCACUUUCAUUGCAACAGCAGAAAACUCAUAUAAUGGUUAUGAACGCGACGGGCCAUAUGACUCAAAUCGCCAACUUAGACAAACAGCCUCACAACAAAAAUGUGCAGCAGCAGAUUCUUUUCCAGCAACAACAGCAACAAGCGCAGCAGCAACAACAACAACAACAACAAUUGUUGCAGCAACAGCAAAACCAACAGCUAGUCCAACAGUAUCAACAAGUUUUCGGGAGCGGUCUUUGGACACCCGGAUUACUAGGGAUGCAACAAACAUUACCAGUGGGUUCAGUCGCUCAGACUUUGCCUUUGGCAGGCCUUCCGCAAAUAUCUAUGGUUCAUCAAAUUCAUCCAUUGGGUGGUACUAGUCAGCCUGGCACAUUAGUUAGCCAAAUAAACACUAGUCAACCAGCGCAAAAUGCAUUAACGCAAGUCCAAAAUAUUCCACAUCAGCAGGGCUUAGUUGGAAGCGGGUUGGUUCAAACAUCAGUUGGUAUGGCUAUCCAACAACAGUCACUCAACUCUACUCAAAUGUCCAAUGUAUCGUCAAACAGUUUAAGUACACCUCAAAUAACAAUCCAGGCUUCAGGCCUUGGACUAAUAACGGCACCUGUGCAAGGCUCCGUAGUGCCGUUACAGUCACAAGUUGUGUCUCAACAAAGUCAAGUGAAACCAGAUGAGAAGCCACAGCAGAUGCCGGCUUCGACGACGGUCCAACAAGUGUCGACCUCUGACGCGUCUACGGAGGCCGUGCCAUCGAGUGCGCCGGCUAGUGACAUCACUAUUUCUACAACUGUCACCACACCAAAUACCUCUCCAUCGUGUGAGGGUUCUAAGCGUUCAGACGCUUCCGUAAGCACGUCAGUCUCAACCUCUAUCUCUUCGGCACCCACUAGCAGCACGGUUACUACGAAUGUUAAGCAGUCACCAGUUGCAGUUACGUCCUCGACGACGUUGUCGUCUUCGUCGAGCAUGACGUCAGCGACUAUGACGUUACCGACGACUACAUGUGUAGCGGCCAGUUCGAUAACAUUCAAAAGCAACCAAUGUGCACCAAGGAACAUCAGCUCGCAACAAGUUACGGACAAAGGGUUACCCAAGGCGAUGGUCAAACCGAACAUUUUGACUCAUGUGAUUGAAGGCUACGUCAUACAAGAAGCAGCUGAACCAUUUGCCGUGAAUCGUCCGCUCCGCGAAUGGAGUUCUGGUGAUAAAGAGCAAGAGAAAGAAAAGGCGACGACAGACGAACCGCCACCUGGCAAAAGAGCAAGAAUGGAUAUUACUACCAGUCUACCACGGAUAUCGUCAAGCAACGACUCCAAUCUUCCUAGUACUAGUCAGGCUAGCAAUGAAGAUUCGGAGGCACCUGAUACUAUCCAAGUAGACGAAGACGCGAAAGAACUGCCCAAUGCUCAUAAGUGGACUGUUACCGAAGUAUGCGAAUUUAUCCGCAACAUACCGGGUUGUGCCGGCUAUGCGGACGAGUUCCUCAUGCAAGAAGUGGAUGGUGAAGCUCUACUUCUAAUCAAACCUGAACACUUGGUGAUGGCGCUGUCUAUGAAGCUUGGACCGGCUCUCAAAAUUGUCGCUUGUAUUGACUCGUUGCGACCGGAGAGCGAACAGACAAUCGCUGACGGAAAUGAAUGAGAUUGGUUUUAAGGCCCCGGAUGACUCCGGUGGACCUUAACAUGACUAUGAUAUAAUAAUAUUCAUACAAAUUAAACCCAUUGCACCGUUUUAACUCUAUUUUAUUUCAUCACAGUGUAAAUCAAAUUUGAUGGAUAGAGGCAAAAGAGUGCAAAAGUUCUUGAGUAAGAGCCGAUAUGAGGCAUAAUGUUUGAAUGUUUGAACUCUUUAAGAAUGUAUAGUAGCUUAUUUUUCACACAGUUUUUAUAAGUAAAAGCCGAUUGGAGGCAUAUAAGUAUACCUUUUUAGAAAUGAUACAUUUUUUAAACAUAUAAAGUCGAAACGAACAUUUGAAUGACGAAAUUGUUAACUGUUAAACGAAAGUUAAAUACUUUGGAAUCACAAACUCUAGUUGUAGUAAAAAAUUCCAAAACAAUUUUAAUUCGAAUUUAUCGAUGUUCUUUUUGACACACAGUUUUGUAUCCAUUACGCGAUUUUUAUAAAUAUAAUUUGUUUAAACAAUGCGUAUUCUUCAUAAUAGCUUAUCUGUUACUUUACUCUUUUUUUUUUAAUUACGUAUAUCUGGACAUUGUCGAAUCUCCGCCUAUUAGUUUUAAGCGUUUGAAUUUUUGUUAUGCUCACGCGCUGACAGUUUUAGGUUAAGUUGACGGGAGAUUUUUGUACAAUGCUGGAAGUUUUCGUAAUAAUUUGGCUAUUGAAUAGAGGGGUUGCAACGUUGAACUAUUGCUUUAUCGUUAAAAACUGGUGAAAUUUAUGUGAAUUUUAUAAUAAUCACAGAUAAAUGCGAAAAUCUCUCGGGUUUAUUCGGCUUCGAUUUGGGUAUGAACACUCCAAGACCCACAGAAAUUACCACAUGUCUUGAUGGUAACAACAAUGUUGGAUGUUGAGGCCCAUAUAAUCUUUAGCAAAAAAGUAGUUUUUCAUUUAAAUUCUAGUAUGGUCAUCGGAGUCGUGAUUUGAACUCCCGUGAAGACAGGAGUCAUCGAUGAGUCGCGACAGUAAAUGAACUUAAGUAAUGUUUAAGUUUCUGUAGUCUCCACUAUAGUUUUUAAUGAGGUGGUGGGUAGUUAAGUGUAAAUAGGUAAUGGCAAGUGCAAUUCGUUAGUGUACGUGUCUUAGGUGUUUAAUAUUUUAUUUACGUUUAUGGUGCUACGUAUUUUAAUUUGAUAUUUCUUUAUUAGUUUAAGAAUUAUUUUUAGGUAAAAAUUACGACGUUGUUAAAGUUUAAGCCAGGUCAUUCUAAGGGUACGUUUACACGCAUGCAAAAAUAAUUAAAGAUAAAUUCACCGGUUUUAUUCUAUCGGCUAGUUAUUUCUUGAAUAUUCUUUAUACGAAUAUUCUAGAUAACUGCAAUAUUUCCCUAUCAUUUUUCUCAUUAAAAGUCCGCCCUAAGUGGGCUAUUACGUGUGCACUAAAGACACAUAACGGUACUAAAAACUGUAUUUUUAUUUUGAAUAAUUCUUGACACGGAUAGCCUGGCAUAGAUAAUGAUAAUUAAUUUGUAUAGCCAUUUCAAAUAUGAGUGAUUGGGACAGAUUUAAUUUGAUUGGGGAGGUUUACACCUUUAAUACAUGUUUGGACCUUAUGAAAAUGCUUAUAUGAAUGUCAAUAGUAAAUAAUUUUUACUUUUGUAAAAAAUUGAAGAGUGGGUGCAUUACGAAAAUAUGAUUUUUUCAUCCCAACACUCAUUAAAUUAAUCGUUUACUUAUAGAGUUAAAUCGUGUUAAAUACCAAAAACAGGUCAGUAUGAUUGUAAAAUAGUAGUUUAUAAAUAUAUUAAAAUGUACUUAGUAUAGUGUGUUCAACACGCCAAGUGGCAGCACUACGAGAAAUUGUUACGUUGAUAUUGCGCUGUACGUUCUAAAACCUGACAAAUUACAGGUAUUUUUUGUUAUCUGUUUAUCAACUGUAUAUACAUCAAUUUAAACCAUACAGUUAAUAUAAGACCGGUUUUAAACACAUGAUGACACCCAUCUGUAACGAUUUCUCGUAAUGAGUGUACGCCAUAAUUUGUGUUCUCUAGAAUCUAACGGCAUAAUAGGCCAUAUUAUAUAUUCAUAAUGUGUAUAUAAAUUACUC